AAAACAUCGAAAGGAUUUCUUUUCAGCUUGUUUUUCGCGGACAUGGGAGUUUUUCUCCUCUUGUUCCCUAUCUCUGUGGUUCUUUCUCUCGGACAAUUUCAGUCCUGCCCAGAUGAUCAAUGCCGUAUAUUAGCCUUUCCAUCGACUCUGUUCUUCGUGGGAGAACGUCUCAUUAACCACGCCAUAGCAAACAUCAGUGUGAUUGACAGGGACACGUGCGAAUAUCGUUGCUACCUGGACUAUAACUGCGUCAGUGUUAACUUUUAUUUUGGAGAAAAUGGAGCAGAAACACACAACUGUGAACUGAAUAACUCAACGGCUAAGGAGUAUGAUGAGGAUCUGGUACAAGCAGCGAACUACGUGUACCAUGGAACUAAGGUACAUGGACGAGCUGUUAAUUAAAUGUCAAUCGCGCUUCUCUCUCUUUAAGCUAUUCGUGAGAGCUGAGGGAUACUUUCAUCCAUUAUUUGUUAUUUUACAUAAUUUUAAACACCUGCUAGCGUCG